GUCGCUUGCGGAAGUCGUGUGGGUUUCGGGUCCGCUACAUUUCUCGCUCGUGAAAGUAGAAUCCGGCGGUAUUUUUCCAACAAGAAGCUAGCGGCCCAUCGUUCGGACCGACAACCGGGCGAAGAUGGCGGCGCUCCUACUGCAAAUUCUCGAGCGAUCUGAGGUUUCUAAGCUCCCGAAGGCUGUUCAAAAUAAACUGGAAAAGUUUUUCACUGACCAGCAGUCUGAGAUAGACUCCCUCAAAUCAUGCCAUGAGCGAUUCAAAGUAGACAGUGAGCAGCAAUAUUUCGAAGUUGAUAAGCGACUGUCACAGAAUCAGGAGCGCCUGGUGUUACAGACUCAGGAAUACAACAAACUCAAAGAAGACCUCGCCAGACUUUCUGAGGAAUUGAAAACCUUGAAAGAUAAAAACAAGGAGCAUGAGACGUCGGAAGAGAAGCUUUCAUCAGAGCAGAAUGCUAUGUCGAAGGCGAUGUAUGAGCUGGAGGCAGAAAAACGAGAACUGGUCCGAACCCUUGAGAAGAGAUCUCAAGAAGUGGAACAUCUCAGUGAGGAUCUGAAGCGUCUCAAUGACAAGCUUGUGGAAACCAAUGCCGAGAAGAUGGAGCUCCAGCUGAAGUUGGAUGAGCUUCAGUCCUCUGAGGUAUCGAUCAAGUACCGUGAGAAGAGGUUGGAGCAGGAGAAGGAGCUUCUCCAGAACCAGACCACCUGGUUGAACUCUGAGCUCAAGGCUAAAACUGAGGAGCUCCUUUCCAUCUCCCGGGAGAAGGGCAACGAGAUUCUCGAGCUCAAGUGUACCCUGGAGGACAAGAAGGAUGAGGUGAACAGACUUCAAGACCAAGUCACGGGCUUAAAAAAUUCCAACGAGAACUUCCAGAAACAAGCUGAGGACUUGAUGAUGAAGUUGAAAGAGGUGAAAGACCAGCAGUCCUCCAUGGAAGAGAAGUUCAGGAAUGAGUUAAAUGCACACAUAAAGCUGACCACUUUAUACAAGGGUGCAGCAUCUGAUUCUGAGUCCAAGAGCGAGGAGCUGAGUCGUGCUGUAGAGGAGCUCCACAAGCUGCUGAAGGAGGCAGGAGAGGCCAACAAAGCCACUGAGGGGCGCCUGGCCGAGGCUGUGGCUUCCAAGGAGAAGGUGGAGGUAGAGCUGAAGGAGAAGAUCACCAGCUUGGAGAAGGAGCUGGAGAAUGCCAACACGCUGCUCUCGGAUUCCAAGCGCAAAGCGGGUGUCGCCGUGCUCACUGAGGAAGAGCUGACCACUAUGUCUCCCACCGCUGCCGCCGUGGCCAAGAUAGUGAAACCUGGCAUGAAAUUUACAGAGCUGUAUAAUGCCUAUGUGGAGGCCCAGGACCAGUUGCAGCUGGAGCGGCUGGAGAACAAGCGCGUGAACCAGUACCUGGACGAGAUCGUGCAGGAGGUCGAGGCCAAGGCGCCCAUCUUGAAGAGACAGCGUGAGGAGUACGAGCGCAUGCAGAAGUCUGUGGCCAACCUGUCCGCCAAGCUGGAGCAGGCCAUGAAGGAGGUGCAUCGCUUACAGAAGGAGACUGAUGAAGCUAACAAGCGUACCUCUGUCCUGGAGAGGGAGAACCAGAGAUUCGAGCUGCAGGUCACCGACCUGUCUCAGCAGAUCCGCGUUCUCCUGAUUGAGCUGGAGGAGGCCCGGGGCAACCAUGUAGUCCGCGAGCAUACAGACAUCAGCUCUGCCGACAUCAGCAGCAGCUCUGAGGUCAUCACCCAGCGCCUGGUCACCUUCCGCAGUGUAGAGGAGUUGCAGCAGCAGAACCAGCGCCUCCUAGUGGCGCUGCGGGACCUGGGCGAAGCGCGAGAGAAGGAGGAGCUGGAAGCCACAACUUCGAGGAAGACAGAAUUGGAGCAAAGUCUGGAGAAAGCACAGCGGGAGCUGGAGCAGCUACGCGAGCAGCGGAGCCACCAGAUGCAGUUGACGGAGUCCAUCGUGCGCCAGAGGGACAUGUAUCGCAUCCUGCUGGCCCAGACCACGGGGGUCAGCUUCCCGGUGCAGGGCCCCACCCUGGAGGUGCCUCCGGUGACGUCCACCCCCCGUCGCUCUCCGGGUGUCACUCCCAUCCGCCCCACGCCAGUGAAGGCGGGCACCGCUGUACAGCCCACGGAAGCUGUGGAGGCCAAGGCUGCACUCAAGCAGCUGCAGGAGGUCUUCAACACCUACAAGAAGGAAAAGGCUGAAAAUGACAAGAUCCUCAAUGAGCAAAAUGAGAAGCUUCAAGAGCAGGUGUCAGAGCUUCGCUCCCAGAACGCCAAGAUAUCUACACAGCUGGAGUUUGCUUCCAAGCGUUACGAAAUGCUACAGGAUAACGUGGAUGGCUACCGGCGUGAAAUCGCAUCGCUGCGGGAGAAGAUCCAGAAGAUGAGCACCACUGCGCAGAAGCACGAGCAGAUCAUCCACACCAUGACACAGGACCUGCGUGUGGCCAACGAGAAGCUGGCGGUGGCUGAGGUUCGUGGGGAGAACCUGAGAAAGGAGCGAGACAUGCUGAAGAUGGUGGAGUCCAGGCUGACGCAGGAGAAGGAGUCCAUCCUCACCGAACAGCGUGGCCAGAACCUGCUGCUGACCAACCUCAAGUCCAUCCAGCUGACCCUGGAGCGUGCGGAGACCGAGACAAAGCAGCGGCUCUGCAACCAGAUCGAGCGUUUGGAGCGUGAGGUGGCUCAGCUGAAGAAGAAGCUGGAGCAGGAGGUGGAGCAGCGGCACAUGCUGGGACGCAGUCAGGACAUGCAGCUUCUCGAUGCCCGGAAGCAGCUGGAGGCCCAGAACGCGAUGCACCAACAGACCAAGGAGCUGCUGAAGACGGCCGAGCAGCAGAUCAGCACGCUGAGGCAGCAGCUGGGCAACGCCGAGAGUCAGAUAGCAUCUAGGCCGCCUCAGGGGGCUGGCCUUAAAGGCCCUGAUGGUUUGGACCAGGAUGCGGAGGAGCUGCGCAUCCGCCUCCGGCAGGCUGAGGAGCAGGUGGGUGACCUGACCGAGCGUCUGGAGAACACCACCAGCAACGUGGAGCAGUACCGGGCUAUGGUUCUCAGCCUGGAGGAGUCCCUCAGCAAGGAGAAACAGGUGACGGAACAGGCACGCUCGGUGAUGGAGGGCCGCCUGAAAGAAGCCCAGGAAUAUCACAAGCAGUUGGAGAAGAGGCUCAUGGAGGCGGAGAAGGAGAAGCAGGAGCUGCAGGAGGAGAAGCACAAAGCCGUUGAAGCCAUUGAGCAGCAGAUGAACGAGCUGAAGAAGAACCUGCGAAACAUCCAAUCUGAGCUCCAGGACGCCCUCCAGAGGGCGGCGCUGGCAGCUUCCCAGGAGCAGCAGGCCACACAAGAUAGUCAGCAACAGGCCAAGCUGGCAGCAGAGGCCCAGAACAAGUACGAGCGGGAGCUGAUGCUGCACGCGGCCGAUGUGGAGGCACUCCAGGCCGCCAAGAAGCAGGCGAUGCAGGUCACCCAGAUGCGGCAGCAGCUGGAGGAGAGGGCUCAGCGGGCCAGCGCACAGCUCCUGGAGGCACGCAUCUCCUGGGAGGAGCAGGAGAAGAUGCUUAAGGAAGAGGUGGUCAAGCUCACGGGCCGUGCGGAGGACCUGCAGAAGCAGAACAACCUUCUCCACGAGCAGAUUGAGAGUCUAAGCAGCAAGAUGGUGGCGUCGGCCCAGCAGGCGGCCACUGAGAGCCCUCUGAACGUGUCGCUUACCGAGGAAGGGAAGUCCCAGGAGCAGAUCCUGGAGAUUCUCAGGUUCGUGCGUCGGGAGAAGGAGAUCGCAGAGACCAGGUUCGAGGUGGCCCAGGUGGAGAGCCUGCGGUACCGCCAGAGGGUGGAGCACCUGGAGCGGGAGCUGAAGGAGCUGCAGGACAGCCUUAACGCCGAGCGGGAAAAGUUUCAGGUGACGGCCAAGACUUUGGCACAGCAUGAUGAACUGAUGAAGAAGACUGAGACCAUGAACGUUCUGGUGGAGACCAACAAGAUGCUGCGGGAGGAGAAGGACAGGGUAGAGCAGGAGCUGCAGCAGACUCAGGCCAAGGUGCGUAAGCUGGAGGCCGACAUCAUGCCCCUGCAGGAGUCCAACGCAGAGCUGAGCGAGAAGAGCGGCAUGCUCCAAGCCGAGAAGAAGCUGUUGGAGGAGGACAUCAAGCGCUGGAAGGACAGAACUCAGCACCUGGUGAGUCAGCAGAAGGACACGGAUCCAGAGGAGUACAAGAAGCUGCACUCCGAGAGGGAGGCCCACCUGAAGCGCAUCCAGCAGCUGACGGAGGAGAUCGGGAAGCUGAAGACUGAGGUUGCCAGAACCCAUGCCUCCGUGACCACUGGGCAGAGCCAGGCGAAAACCCUGCAGGAGAACCUGGGGAAGAUGACCUCCGAAAGGGACAACCUGAAGAAGGAGCUGGAGGUUAAGGUCUCGGACAUCCAGGAGAAGGCGAAGACCAUCACACAGGUGAAGAAGAUCGGCCGCAGAUACAAGACCCAGUACGAGGAGCUGAAGGCUCAGCACGAUAAGAUGGUGGCCGACGCCGCAGCCAAGCCAGCGGAGGAGGCGGAAGCUCAGCAGGCAUCUGCUCAAGAGAUUCAGGCCCUGAGAAACUCCCUUAACCAGGCGGAGGCCAAGAGCAGAGAGCUGGAGGGCCAGGUGGAAGGCCUGCAGAAAGUGGCAGGAGAGCGCGAGGGGGAGCUGCACGGUCUGCAGGAGCAGGUGGGCAAGCUGCAGACAGAACUGGGCCGCCUGCGGCAGGAGAUACAGGAGAAGUCUGCACAGGAGGAGCAGCUGCGGCAGCAGAUGGCCGAGAAGGAGGAGAAGACCAAGAAGGUCAUCAUGGGGGCCAAGCAGAAGAUCAGUCAGCUGAAUGCCACCAAGGAGCAGUUCCAGAAGGAGGCAGAGGAGCUGAAGCAGCAGCGGGAAGAGCUGGAAGUGCGCAUGAGCGCGCUGAAGUCGCAGUACGAGGGCCGUCUGUGCCGGCAGGAGCGGGAGCUGCGGGAGCUGCGAGGCCAGCAGGAGAGGCACAGCGAGCAGCGGGAUGAGCCCCCGGAGCAGGGCCCCAGCAAGGUUCAGGAGCAGCAGCGGCCAGCGGACCAGAGGCAGAUCACCCUGAAGAGCACGCCUGCCGCUGACAGGGGGAGCGCAAGCACCUCCGAGCCGCCGACGGCCAACAUCAAGCCCACCCCGGUGGCGGCCACCCCCAGCAAGCCGUCUGCCAUCCCUGGCAACAAGUCGACCCCCAGGGCCAGCAUCCGGCCCAUUUUCACGCCGGCCUCCGUCUCUACGCCGACGCCCACAGCCACCGUCAUGCCCACCACCCAAGUGGAGACGCAGGAAGCCUUGCAGCCAGCGGAGGGCCCAGUGGAGCACGUGACGGUGUUCGGCAGCGCCAGCGGCUCCGUGCGCUCCACCAGCCCCAACGUGCAGACCACCCUGGCACAGCCCAUGCUCGCACCGCAGCCUCCUCCCACACAGGCCACGGCAUUUGUGCAGCCCACCCAGCAGACCCCGCAGCUGGAGAGCACCACCCAGGAGCCCCUGCCCAGCACGCAGGUGGAGAGGCCCUCCACCUCCACCGCUGUCUUCGGCACAGUGUCUGCUACCCCGGGCACCUCCAUGUCCAAACGACCUCGCGAGGAGGAGCAAGAGGGACAGACAGACACUGCGGAAACCACUCAGGAGGAAUCCACUGAUGUGCCCUUGUCCAAGAAGGUUCGGAUCAUCCAGAGGGUUGACCCAGAGCCCGAGGAAGAGGUGAUGGCAGAGGAUGCCGGCGAGAGCGAGGGCGAGGGCGAGGUGCCAGGGGAGACUCAGGAAGAUCCCGAUGCCAGUCAGCUGGCAGCAGAGGAGGAGUACAGCCCCGGCCUGGAUGACGGGGAUAGGGAGCCCGGGCCGCCGUCGCGGGCAUGCCCCGCCGAGCCCGUGCCGCAGGUCUCCGAGUCCCAGCUCAGCUCCCACGACUCGCCGGACGAGCAGCGGCCGCGCGAGGUCAUCAUCAUCGAUACGGACUCUGACAGUGAGGAAGAGGAGGAAGAGGAGGGUGAGCAGUAUGAGGAGGAAGAAGAGGAGGGGGACGAAGAUGAUGUGGCAUGCAUGGGUGAUGAGAGCAAUGAGGGAAGCGGUAGCGGGGUCACCAACGAGCCGUACGAGGGUGAUGCAGAGGCCGCGGAGGUUUCAGACCCAGCGACAGAGCAGGAGGAGAGCUUGGGGGCGCCCGACUCGAACCCGAAGCAGGCCGACUCCCAGACGAGCGGUGAGGGCAGCAGUAGUACCACGGAGCUGUUUCCUGGGGAACCCCCACGUGAGCAGCAGCCAGCCCCCACCACCACCACCCCUGAUCGUCAGCCAGCCCGGCCGCCUCAGUCGCCACGGCGACCACCCCACCCCCUGCCCCCCCGGCUUUACAUUCAGCCCCCAGCCCAGGAGUUGGGACCUCCCCUAGGCCAGCGACAGACAACGGCCCCAAACCGCCGGCAGUCAGUGAGCCGGGGGCAGCUAACCCCCGGGAUCAGCAACAUGCAAAACUUCUUUGACGAUGACGACAGGAUGGUUCCCAGCACGCCCACCUUGGUGGUGCCUCUCCGUACAGAUGGAUUCGCCGAGGCCAUCCAUUCUCCCCAGGUGGCCGGGGUUUCCCGCUUCCGCUUCGGCCUGUCUGAAGACGUGCCUCAGUCCAGCUCCUCCAACUCUGACCUGAGUCAGCUAGCAUCACAAGGAGGUCUAGGAAUGUACGAAAGUCCCCUGUUCCUUGCAGCACACGAAGAGGACUCUGGGGGGCGUAGUGUCCCCACCACGCCGCUGCAGGUGGCUGCCCCAGUGACCGUCUUCACGGAAAGCCACUCGUCAGACGCGGCAGAGAGCGCCUCCCAGUCAGUCCCCAUGGUGACCACGUCCACAGCCGGACCGUCCGGAGCGGAGGCGGUCGCUGGGGAUGAUGGCGACGAGGUCUUUAUGGAGGCGGAGAGUGAGGGAACCACCGGGCCUGAGGUAUCCCUGGAGAGCCAGGCCGAGAUGGACUCGGCGCAACCUUCUGACGAUGGCAACCUCCCAUCCACCAGUCAGGAGCCCACCUCCAGCUCUGCAGACACGAGCAGCAGCAGCAGCAACGCCAGCGGCAGUGGCGGACAGCUCCGGCAUUCAGGGCGUCCCGUGCCACAGCACCAGCUCCCCCCACGGCCUGGACCCCGAGGCAGGCAGCUUAUCCGGAGAGGCAUGACGUAUCCGCGAGGCGGAUGGGGACAGUUCACCAGAGGAAAUAUGCGAUAACAUCUCAGCCCUGUGCUUAAGAAGAACCACAUCAGUCUAGAAUUCCGAUCGUGCUUGAAGCCUUCAUUACAGAUCUUUUGUUUUGUUUUUUUAUUUUUAUUUUAAUCAGCAUAAUUAUGCUUAAAGCAUUGGUGUAUUUUUUUUGUUUUUUCUUUUUACUUUUGUCUGUGCGUAAUCCUUACGAAGCAGAUGAAACCAAGUUUAAUUUUAUUAAUAAAAACUGAGGAUGGUGGGA